CGGUGACGGGCUGAAAAUGGCGGAUCUUUCGAAAUGCGGCGGCGGCCGCCGGCGCUGACGGGCCCGGGCCGCCCCCGCCAGUACCUGCUCCGGUCAUCACUGCCACUGCUACUAAAAUGGAGGUGGUUUCAGCAGAAGUCAACAGCUUGCUCCCUGAGGAAAUAAUGGACACAGGCAUCACUCUGGUGGAAGAUGAUGGCAUCGAGGCAGUUAUUGUGUCGUCGCCCAUCGGAGACUCUAUUCCCAUGGAAACGGAACUGGAAGAAAUAGUGAACAUAAGCUCCACCAGCGACUCCUCAGCUACGACUACGGCCACAGUCACCACGGAAUCGGUCACUGCCCCCAGCAGCCACUCGGGCGAUGCGACAGCAAACACCACGACCCCAACGCCUGAUGUGAACGCAGCUGCAAAGCCCACCUUUCCCGGCGGCCUCCAUAAACUUGGUGCUCAGACCCCCGUCACUAUUUCAGCCAAUCAAAUUAUUCUCAACAAGACCACCGACAUUAAAAUAGGCAAUCAGAGUAUUAAACCGGAUGGGCAAAAGCUCAUUGUAACAACUUUGGGCAAGUCUGGCCAGCCUAUUGUUUUAGCAUUACCCCACAGCCAACUCCCACAGUCGCAGAAGACCGUGUCCCAAGCCCAAGGCGGAGACUCCAAGGUACAGGGCCAGCAGAUCAAAGUUGUUAUUGGAGGUCGGUCGGAAGUGAAACCUGUUGUUGGUGUCUCAGCUCUGACGCAGGGAGGUCAGCUGAUAAACACUACAGCCCAGCCCUCUGUCUUGCAGUCCCAGCAAGUAAAAACAGUACAGAUUGCGAAGAAGACCCGAACCCCAACUUCUGGCCCGGUGAUCACCAAGCUGAUAUUUGCAAAACCAAUCAAUAGCAAAGCUGUUACAGGGCAGACCACUCAAGUGUCACCAGUCAUUGCAGGUAGGGUUUUUUCCCAGUCUGCUCCAGGGACACCACCAAAGACAAUAACGAUCUCUGAGAGCGGAGUCAUUGGAUCAACUUUGAGUACUACACAACAGACACCGAAUAAAAUAGCUAUCUCACCACUCAAAUCCCCUAAUAAGCAGCUAACAGUGGUGUCAGUGGCCUCCCAGCCUCCCAGCUCCCCCCAGAAGACGGUGGGCGUCCCACUGAAUGUAGCGUUAGGACAGCAGAUCCUCACAGUGCAGCAGUCAGCACCCUCCUCCCCUGGGAAGGCUAUAGUCAACCACACAACCACCCAGGCUGUGAAAUCAGCAGUGCAGACCAUUACUGUAGGAGGAGUGGGUACAUCUCAAUUUAAGACAAUUAUUCCUUUGGCAACUGCACCCAAUGUUCAGCAGAUUCAGGUACCUGGAAGCAAGUUCCAUUAUGUCAGACUCGUUACUGCCACAACAGCCAGUAGUUCAACCCAAUCAGCCAGUCAAAAUCCCAGUACGAAUACUCAGCCUCUUCAACAAGCGAAGCCAGUGGUGGUGAACACGACCCCAGUGCGUAUGUCAGUUCCCAUAGUACCAGCACAGACUGUGAAACAGGUGGUGCCCAAACCAAUCAACUCAACUUCACAGAUAGUUACUACUAGUCAGCCCCAACAAAGACUUAUUAUGCCAGCCACUCCACUGCCACAGAUACAGCCCAACCUCACCAACCUCCCACCGGGAACUGUGCUGGCACCAGCACCUGGCACAGGGAACGUCGGGUAUGCCGUCCUUCCAGCUCAGUACGUCACACAGCUACAACAAUCAUCGUAUGUAUCUAUAGCAAGCAACACUGGCUUCACAGGGACAUCUAGUAUCCAGUCCCAAGCACGGCUGCCAUUUAAUGGAAUAAUUUCUUCUGAAUCUGCAAACCGCCCCAGGAAGCCUUGCAAUUGUACUAAAUCUCUGUGUUUGAAAUUGUACUGUGAUUGUUUUGCAAACGGUGAAUUCUGCAAUAACUGCAACUGUACAAAUUGCUACAACAACCUGGACCAUGAAAAUGAUAGGCAAAAAGCAAUAAAGGCCUGCCUCGACAGAAACCCUGAAGCCUUCAAGCCCAAAAUAGGGAAAGGAAAGGAAGGAGAGUCGGACCGGAGACACAGCAAAGGGUGUAACUGUAAGCGCUCGGGAUGUCUCAAAAACUACUGCGAAUGUUAUGAGGCAAAAAUCAUGUGUUCUUCCAUAUGCAAAUGCAUUGGCUGUAAAAAUUUUGAAGAGAGCCCAGAACGGAAGACAUUGAUGCAUUUAGCAGAUGCUGCAGAAGUUAGAGUCCAGCAGCAGACUGCUGCAAAGACCAAGCUAUCUUCUCAGAUCUCAGAUUUGCUGACAAGGCCAGCACCAGCACUCAGCAGUGGUGGUGGGAAGCUGCCCUUUACAUUUGUAACCAAGGAGGUGGCCGAUGCAACCUGCGAAUGCCUUCUCGCGCAGGCAGAGCAAGCGGAGAAGACGGGCAAGUCAAAAGCUGCAGCGGAGCGCAUGAUCCUGGAGGAGUUUGGACGCUGCUUGAUGAGGGUUAUUAGCUCUGCAGGGAAGUCCAAAGGUGACCCUUGUGCCAUGAACUGCUGACUCGUGCACAUGAGCCGCAACGAAGCGGACUGAAACAGAACACUUAAGGCACAGGGACACUUUGGUGUAGCAUAAAGGAUUUAAUAAUAUUUGUUAAUUUGGUGCUUGUUGUAAAUUGACCCAUGUAAGAUUGAAACAAGAUCUUUUAUAACAAGA